CCCACUUACAAACCAAAAACCACAUUUCAGAUUCUGAAGCAAUCCAAACCCCAAACCCAGAAGAUGUCUUCCUCGAAAUCCAAUCUUAGGAGCUCUUGUUCCUUCCCAAAUCUCCUCCUAGCAUGCCUGAAUUUCAUACUUUUCAUUCUCUCUGCCACAUCUCUAGUCCCCACUAUCCUCCUCCGUAUGCCCCCAACUUCGAUGGGUCUGGCAUUCCUCAUGAUUUCUGGUAUCUCACUUCUCUCUUCGUUCGUAGGCUUCUACUCUCACCUCUGCUUCAUAACCCACGUCUCCCUUCUCCUUGCCUCACUGAUCGGACAAAUUCUUGGCAUUCUGGCCCUGUUUACAAAAGAGCGUUCUACUCUUUCGAUGCUCAAGUCCCCCAGGGACCCGAAAGAGGCCAAGCUCUUGGUGAGGUUGGAAUGUGGGGUUUUGAUGGCAAUGCUGAUGAUGCAGAUGGUGGUGUUAAUGUUGAGCUGUGCAGUUCAGAGCUGGUGGGUGAGAGAGUAUGAGGGAUUAGAAGCCGAGAGAGAGGCCAUGACAAAGAAGAGGAGUCGGCGCAUUGCCAAGGUUCAGGAGGAGUCCAUGGCCAAUGCUGAAAAAAUCACAGAGAUUAAGGCUAAAGAGUUUGAUGAGAAGAUGAAGAACAAGUAUGGAGGGAAGGUGAAGCCUGAGUUUGAAGCUUGAGUCUGUGAGUUGUUUGUAGUUGGUUUUUAAGGGUCAGGUCACUGUGGUUGUGGCCAUUGGGUUGUGUAUGUAAAGUAAGCUUAUGACUUGUGAGGGUUAUUUUUCAUGUAUUUGAAUUUGCCUGGUUUGAUCAAUAUUAUUAGUUUACAGAGGAAAUUUCAUGCUUC